UUUAAGAACGGACGGCUUAUAAUUUAAAAUACUUGAAAUAAAAACGGGCGUGUAACGGAAAUUUCACAAGCAGCUAAAAUAAGAAAUAAAGUGAAAAAAAACAGAAUUUAAAAAAAAAUUAUGUAAUUUUGGAAAAAAAAUAUAAAAAAAGAUAAAAAAACAAACAAUACACCAAACAAAAUGGAGGUCUACACAUCAGAUAGCAGUGACACCGACUCACGCGAACAAAAAACUUUGGAUUAUGGCCGCAUGAAUUUAUACGAAAUCACCCUAGAAGAUGAUCUUUACUCCGAAACCAAACAACGUCUCAAAUCACAGAAGGACAUUGAAAUCUUGCUGCUCAAUCACAAUCGUCUCAAAUAUUUGCCCAUGACCAUUAAAAAUUUCACAAAUUUACGCAUUUUGGAUUUAAGCUCAAAUAGUCUAACCGAACUGCCAGAAGCCAUAGCCCAAUUACCCUUGGUCACUUUGGUGGCCAAAAACAAUCAAUUGACCAAUCAAUCGCUGCCCAAAACGUUCACCAUGAAAAAUCAACAGUCCAGCCUAAAAGAAUUGAAUUUAAGUGGCAAUCUAUUGACACAUUUUCCCGAACAGGUGAUCGAAUUAAGAACUCUGAAAUAUUUGUAUGUGGGUGGCAAUCAAAUAACCGCUAUAAGCAAAGACAUAUGGAAAAUGCAAAGUCUCCAAGUCCUUUCCAUGGGUGGCAAUUUAAUAACCGAAGUACCCGAGGCAGUGGGCGUACUCAGUCAAUUACAGGCCUUGGUUUUAUGUGAUAAUCUUAUUGAAAAUCUACCCACUAGCAUUGCACGUUUGAAGAAUUUAAAAUCUUUGCUACUGCACAAAAAUCGUUUGAAACAUUUGCCCAAAGAUAUAGUGGCUUUAAAGAAUUUAGCAGAGUUAAGUCUUCGCGACAAUCCUUUGGUUGUGCGUUUCGUUCAAGAUAUGGCCCUUAAUCCGCCCACUCUAAUGGAAAUGGCCGCUCGCAUUGUUAAGUCUGCGGGCAUAGAGGUGGCUCCGGGCGAUGUACCCCAAACCACUUUGGAAUAUUUAAAUUGUGCCAACUGCUGUGUUAAUCCCAAUUGCAAGGGUGUUUUCUUCGAUAAUCGUGUGGAACACAUAAAAUUUGUAGAUUUCUGUGGUAAAUAUCGUGUGCCCUUGUUGCAAUAUUUGUGCUCCUCCAAGUGUAUUGAACAUGAAGAGCCACCAACGACAAGCAGUAAUGCCAGCGGUUUUAUGAUGCGAAAGGUGUUACUUGGUUAAACGUUAUUUUUUUAAAUUUUUUUCAAUAUAUUUUUACACUUUUUUGUUCCACUAUUGAGAAAUAAAUUAUGAAAUAGUUGCGAAUAGAAAGUAUAA